UGCUCCGAAAUCUCACCUGCAUGUGGGCGUGGUCUCUGGAUGUCAAUCAUGCGCCGCUUCACGUAUCCACGGCGCUCUUGAACGCUAUACAGACAUAUGCUGUGUGAGUGUGACCCUUAGAAAAAAAGCAUGCAUAAACAAACCCCACCGCCUUCUGUCUGCAUAAAAACUAAAAUGGGAAGGAGGGAUUAUCGAGAGCAUUGACUGUCAGUGUGUAACAUCGCAGGUGUCAUGGAGAAUUCACGGGCAUCACUGCUGUUCAAGGCGGCCGCGGUAGCCGCGAUCGGUCUCGCCGCCACUUUCGUCAUGCUCGUCCAAGAUCCAUCAAACACGCUCUUCGGAGGUGGAUACCCAGAACUGUGGCGGAGAACCGGACUGGCCGGAGCCCCUACACGGGCGGCAGCCUGCAUCUUCGCGGGCGUGUUCCUUCUAGCGAUGGGCUGGUUGUACAGACUGUUAUUCGCUCCUUUGGAGCUGCUCCGCGGUGUGGAUGAGGUGGGGUACAUUGCGGAGGACGGACGCUCUCGUGCCCAGGCUGCCAACGAGGUGAGGCGGCGACGGAAAACUGGAGAAUUACCGCCAGUUUAUCCAAACGGCUGGUACCGGGUUUUAGACUCUCACAUGCUGGAGAGAGGAGAUGUGAAGAGCGUGACAGUGCUAGGACAGCAGGUGGCAGUGUUCCGUGGGCAGGAUGGCAAAGCCUAUGUGGUGGAUGCUUACUGCCCCCACUUAGGUGCCAACCUGGCUGUGGGGGGGCGAGUCGUAGGGGGCUGCAUUGAAUGCCCCUUCCACGGGUGGCAGUUCCGUGGAGUCGAUGGGAAAUGUGUCAAGAUUCCAUAUGCAGAUAAAGUGCCUGAGUUUGCGAAGGUGCGGUGUUGGCCCAGCUGCGAGAUCAACGGGCAGGUUCUGGUGUGGUUUCACUGUGACGGGCUCGAGCCCAGCUGGAGAGUGCCAGAACAGAGCGAGAUCACCCGCGGGGAAUGGGUGUACCGCGGUCGUACCGAACACUUUAUUAAUGCACACAUUGAGGAGAUUCCAGAGAACGCUGCGGACAUCGCACACUUGGCUCAUUUGCACACUCCAGGUAUCGUCAGUGGAGUUGAUCUGCGCUAUACUAACAGCAAGACCUGGGAGUUUAUACGGCAUGACUGGAAGGUGGAAUGGAAACCCGAGCCCGAGCCAAACAAGCACUGCUCACAGAUGUUGGUGAAACAUGCUCUCACUGUGUUCGGUCGUCACUGGCCUCUUCUUGAUUUGGACGUCAUGGCCAGACAGGUGGGUCCAGGUGUGGUUUUCCUGCUCUUUGAACACCGUUUCUUGGGUCGGGGUGUGAUGAUGCACUGUGUUACCCCAGUCGAGCCGCUACUGCAGUGUGUUUCACACACCAUCUUCUACCAGAACACCAUCCCUCCCCUGGUACCCAAGUUCAUUCUUCGGGCAGAAUGCAUCCAGUUCGAACGAGAUGUGAUGAUCUGGAACAACAAGACGUACAUCUCCAAACCUAUGCUUGUGAAAGAAGACUCAGCUAUUCAGAAACACAGACGCUGGUUCAGUCAGUUCUACAGCGAGAACAGCCCUCGACUGCGCUACCAGCACGACACUCUGGACUUCUGAACAUGAGCUAUGCUUCAACAGAUAUGGGUUGCUAAAAGGCCAAUACCAAUAUUUUUUUAAACAAAGCUGAUAUUUUGUUGAUAUUAAAAAAAAAAAAAAAUCAUUAUGCAAAAAUGAUAAUUGAGCAGUUCUUUUUAACAAAACAUUGUUUUAACCACCAACAUAUGCAAAGACAAUAAUAAAGCAAAUGCAAAAUAAAAGUGCAAAAGUUGUGUAAAAGUCCUUCUUUCAUAAGGACUAUUCGUCCUUGUUGAAGUGCCUCAGACAAUCAUCUGUCAGUAAAUAAUAGUGCAUUUCAAACUACUGUGCUGCUGAACUUCUUGAUUGCAGAAUUAUACACUACAUCUACUGCAAUCUAGGUUGGGAUUGGACAGUCUGAGAGUCCUCUAAGCUUCAGUAAGCAAUAAGCCAAAGCCCAGAAUUGCCUGUCUUUGCAGAAGCGCCAGGUCUUGUACACAAACCUAUGCACAAUGUGAACUUGGAUGCAAAAGGAAGUUCCCAGAAGUUCUCUUAGAUGUACCUUGAAUAAUGCAUGAGUGUUGUUCUGCCCCCAGAUAGAACUGUUUCAUAUUAAACAUUGGCACAUAGCUCACCCCACGCCAUUUGUGCUACAGACAGGAUGCCUAAAAAAAGAGGUGUUCUUUUACUUUUGUAAGCAAUUGCCUGGUGAAUGA